GAAGGCUUUCUCUCAGUCAGCUGCCUUCUCCAUUAAAUAAAAACAUGACGAUGGUGACAACUACGACGCUUUCAGUGCAGCUGUACUAAAAGCACAGCACUGGAUGGAUACAGCGAGGGACACUGGAUAUUCUGUUUAACUAAAUAAGUUACAAACUGUUCUUCGAGUUCUUGGCUCUGGACACACACCAUUUUUACAAGUUGAGAAGUGGGCCGCAAACACUGCAAUGCCUCUGCUGUUUUUGGAGAGGUUUCCUUGGCCCAGCCUGCAGACCUACACUGCCCUGAGUUUGGCUUUGCUUGCUGGCAGCAUCUUUAGUGCCUACACCACUGUGACAGACCCGGGCUUUGGGGUCUUGGAACCAGACGAAACACCAGCUGCCCCUGAUGUGGAUCUUGAACAUCUAAACAAUGAUAUUACUAACACAGAACUGGCAACCACUGUCCUGUGGUAUCUUGUCACUGACAGUCUCUUUGUAUGGGUCUUGGUUAACACAUUCUGCUGUUCUUUGAUGUUAAUAGCUAAAAUGAUUCAGUAUAUGGUGUUCGGCCCGCUCAGAGUCAGUGAGAAGCAGCACCUGAAAGAUAAGUUCUGGAACUUCAUCUUCUACAAGUUCAUUUUCAUCUUUGGCGUAUUGAACGUGCAGACAGUGGAGGAGGUGGUGAUGUGGUGUUUAUGGUUCUCCGCCCUGGUCUUUCUCCACCUCAUGGUGCAGCUCUGCAAAGACAGAUUUGAAUAUCUGUCGUUCUCCCCCUCCACUCCCAUGAACAGCCAUGUGCGAGUGCUUUGUCUGCUGGUCUCCCUGCUGUUGGACUGUUGUGGUCUGGCCAUUGGCUGUGGGGGACUGCUUGGAGCUUCUCAUGGCAUGCACACCUUCAGCUUUAUGGCAGCAGAGUGUCUGCUUGUGACUGUACGCACUGGGCAUGUCAUCAUGCGAUAUUCUAUUCAUCUGUGGGAUCUGAACCAUCCAGGGACCUGGGAGAAUAAGGGCACAUAUGUCUAUUACACUGACUUCGUUAUGGAGCUGGCUAUGCUCUUCCUGGACCUGAUGCAUCAUAUCCAUAUGCUGCUCUUUGGAAACAUCUGGCUGUCCAUGGCUAGCUUGGUGAUCUUCAUGCAGCUGCGGUAUCUCUUCCACGAGGUCCAGCGCCGUGUCCGCAGACACAAGAACUACCUUCGUGUCAUCAACAACAUGGAGGCCAGAUUUGCCGUGGCAACUGCAGAGGAGCUGACAGCUAAUGACGAUGACUGUGCCAUCUGCUGGGAUACCAUGGUGACUGCACGCAGACUACCCUGUGGCCAUCUCUUCCACAACUCUUGUUUGCGCUCAUGGCUCGAACAGGACACCUCCUGUCCAACAUGCCGGACAUCCCUGAACAUCAAUGGGGACGGGGCCCCGGCGAGAGGCCAGCAGCCGGGCGGGGGCUUGGAAGACAACAUCGGCCCCGUGGGAGCCGCUCCAGAGGCCAGACCACACAUCAACCACCACAAUCACUUCUUCCACUUUGAUGGAUCUCGCAUUGCCAGCUGGCUGCCCAGCUUCUCUGUGGAAGUAAUGCACACCACCAAUAUCUUGGGCAUUGCUCAGGCCAACAACUCUCAGCUCAUGGCCAUGGCCCAUCAGAUCCAGGAGAUGUUCCCUCAGGUGCCCCCCUACCUGGUGAUGCAGGAUCUGCAGUUGACCCGCUCUGUGGAGGUCACCACUGACAACAUCCUGGAGGGACGCAUCCAGGUGCCUUUCCCGACACAGGCAAUAGAGCGUGCCCCUUCACAGCUGAACUCUGAGUCUAAUGGGCAGGAGGGGUCCAGUGAGGCAGCUGAGCCGGGCCUCAGUGAGGCGGAAACCAUGGAGGUCAGAGGAAGUCGCUUCUCUAAGUCGGCUGAAGAGAGGCAGAAGAUGUUGAGGCAGAGGAAAGAAGAGAUGGUCCAGCAGGCUCGCAGGAGAUAUAUGUACAACAGUCCAGAGGAUCCGGACGUGGAUUUGCCUGAACUGGAGGAGGAGGAGGAGGAGGAAGAGGAGGAGGAGGACACUGGUCCAGAAUUGAACUUGACUACGUUGAGACGUAGAACCAUGGCAGCAGCUGCAGAGAGACGCAUGCAGAGUCAACAAGACCCAGCACCCUGAGGCACAGAUUGUUUUCAGCAGGAGAGUCUACCACAUCAUCAUCACAAGAGGCACAGACAGAGCUAUUUCAACCCUGCUCCAUUUGGUAUACAGUCAGUGGUUAUCAACUAUUCAAAACCAUAAUUAAAAAGCAUUGCUAACAUGGCCUUUGGACUGUUUCGAGCUGCCUUAAUAAGGUGGGACUAUUGUGAAUGGCCUCUGCAUUACUGAUUCCAGAGUGUUUGGAACAGUAUAUCAAUUGAUGGGUGCAAGUCAAGAAAUGCAAGGUUGCAUUGCCCUUUAUUCACGUGCCACACAUUGAACCACCAGCUUCAGCAGGGAGUCAGUUCCUGCCACAUUUAGGACUGGCUGUCAGAAAUGAGCAUGCUUUGCAUUCAGAGAGAAGGGGGUUUGAAGGUGUCUUUACUAGGUAAAAGCUAUUUGGGUCUUUGUUUGUUUUCCUUUUAUCAGACUUUAUUUUCACUUGUUUUGCUAAUGGCGAACAGCUACGUAUUCUGAGUGGAGAAACUCAUCUGAUGUAUUUGUGCGUUAUUAUUUUAUGGGUUUCGACUGUGAAUUAACUGUAGGCAAAAUCACAUGUUCUUAUUUCUUACCUUGGAGUAAGAGAAUGUCACUUUAGUAUUGUUCAGCCUUUCUGUCAAAUAUGAAUGUUCCUAUCAACAUAAUGCUGCAGACAAAGUGUUUUUGACCCACAUGGGUUCUGUAUUUAGGGUGAGAUAUCAUCCAUUGCAACCAGUUUUGUUAUGUACAUCUUAGUUUUUCUAAUACGGUUUGCUUGAGAUGCAUAUAGGCAACACGGGGUGUAGUAUAUUUUGUACAACUGGUGUCAUUCUCUCAGUCUUUAACUAGCAUCUCAAAAUGGUCAGUUCUCUCUUAAUAAGAUCAUAUACUUUUCUACUGAAUAUAACAGUGGGUCAUUUGUGUCCAUCAUUUUGGAACGAAAGUGCAAGUAGAAAUUGUUGGUCUGUGACAGCUCUACUUGCUGGAAGACUCUUUGCUACUCAUUUAAGAGGCUUUGGCAGCAGAAUUAGCAGUACUUAAUCAAGAGUCGACAACAAGUUCACUGUCCUUUUGACUUAUUAGUUCUGGAUAUUUAAUUACCUGAAAGACUGAGAAUCUUUUGCUUUUUUAAUGAUCGUAUCUGCCUUUGACUAAUCCCAUUGAGGAAUGCUAGUUUAUAACAUGUAAGGGACAUAAUCAUCCUCUGCUUAAAUAUAUUUUUAAGUAGUGCAGUUGUUACAACCCAAGAGAAUCACUUUUAUAAAAAUACCUAGAAUAACCAAAAGACAUUAAGAGUAGCUUAAUUAAUCUUUAAACAUAACUAACAGUAAAGUCUACUAGCAGAAGACUCGAGGGCUGGCCAAAAUGAACAUGAAGAAGGAAGACUCCGUGUGAUCUGGGCCCCCUCCCUCUAACUUAAGCCAACAAUUAAACUAAACUUAAAAUAAAUACAAUCAGUGAACACAGGUUUACAAUUCCAUCAAAAAUGAAGAACACAGGAAAAAUACCCACAUCACAUCAGUCCCAAAUACAAGCUGCUGCUGCUGCUGAGGAAGGAGGGUGGAAAGACACAACACGCCAUGAAUGAAAAGCAGAUGCACAUCCUUUCCAGUAUUGUCAAAUAUCACUGAAUCUGAAGUUUGUUAUCAAUGGACAUAAAAUAUGGACACUGUUUGUUAUUAGUUUAAUUUUUUGUUAUAAGAGUGCAAGGGCAGUGAGGUGAAAUGCGCAUGAAUAAAUGCUUUUGUUUCCUUCUACUUAUCCCAAAGAACAGCCCACAGACUUCCACUUAAAGCUGAAGUGUGAUUUCUACUUUGUGUUUAUUUCUGUUUUGAAGGUGUUGUAAGAUGAUACAGUAUAGGAUUUUUGAUUUCAGAUUUCAAUUUGUCACAAUUUACAAAAAGAAAUUGGACUAUUUUGUUUAAUUUCCUCUUAAUAUCCAUGAUAUAUUUUCCUGGUUAUCUUUCAUAACUAUUAAUGACAGAACUUUUUGGACUGAGCUUUCCUGUAUGUUUGUGCCUAAAUCAAGAUUGGUUCGGUUAUGGAUAAUUUCUGUAAAUGUAGUUUUUGUAAAAUAUGUGAAUACAAAAGACUUAAUAAACAGAGCUUCUACAGCUUUUUAACGAAA